CCUCUCUCUGUUCCGGAAUGUGCUCCAGGAUGGAGAAAACAGUGACGGGUUCAGCUCCACUGCCCCGAGGCUGGCUGAGGCGCUCCGGCCAGUCUUUGACAACGACAACAGCCACGUGCAGCUGCUCUCCAUUCGCCUCUUCCGAGAGGUGAUGGAGCUGCUGGCGGAAGAGGGAACAGAGCCCUGGGAGAUGCAGGUGCGCCAGAGCCUGGUCCCACUGUUCUUCCGCUGGCACGACGAGAACCAGCGCGUGGCAGAGGCCGCUCGGGAAGCACUGCUCUGGGCUGCAAGCUUCCUCAAGAGGAAGGACCUGGAGCAGCUGCUGAAGACAGAGCAGCCCUUCAGGUUCUGUGAUUGCCUGAUGGAAAAGGACAUGAGCCGAAGGGGCGAGCACCUGCAGCAGGCCCUGCCCUACCUGCAGAGCCCACAGGAGCCCCUGCGAGAGGCGGCCGUCAGGUUCAUGGGGGUGGCCGGCUGGCACAUGAGGGAGCGGCAGCAAGACCUGUGGCCCAUCCUCAAGGCCCUUACAGCCAUGAGUGAGGACGACUGCCCCUCCGUCUGCAACAUGAGAGCUGCACUCGUGGCCACUUACAGCCGUGCCAUGAGAACUCCACCUGCUCCGCUGAGACGACCAAUGUCCCUGCAACAGCCCCCCACCACAGACCAGGGACCACUUCUCAGCGUGGCUGCAGCUCCAGCUGAUGCUGGGCCCAACUGAGCCAGCCCGCAAGGCCAGCCAGCUCCUGGCCUCUGCAGCCCCAGGGACGGCUCCCUCCUUCCAUUCCCUUCUCCUGACCCCACUUCAUCCUUCCCCUACCCCUGAUGUUAAUAAACCCUGGCUUUCUCCCC